AUGGAAAGAAAAGCUUUAGCUUUAGCUGAUUCUGGAAUCAUGCCAGUUUCCAGGAACGAAGAACCUGGAGUUGUUGCCCGGCAGUCUGGUAACUCUCUUCUUCCUUAUAAGAAGAGGUACUAUUUGCUCUAUCCUCGUGCAACUAUCCAUCCUUCAAGAAAUGUUGACGAUCUAGUGAAACCAGCAUUGGCUGAAAAAUUAGCUGGCCAAGAAGCUGUAGGUACGGCAAAAGUUUCUGUCAAGAAGGAAGUUGUUUCCAAACAAGGGGAAAGCCACAGUAAACUUGAACUUCCAGCUGACUCAGGGCACAUUGAACUGUCAUUAUGCCCAAUGAAACUUCAUGUUUCUUCUUUGGUUGAUUCAAAUACUAUGCGAAGUUGUCUGAUGCAUGGAACAGUAAAUCCUUCAUUGCUUUCUCCGUCUUUGAAUAACAAUAACGCUGAUGAUACUGCAUGCACUAAUAGAUUUAAUUGGGAUCUGAAUAUUCCCAUGGAUUUAUGGGAGGCUUCUGGUGAUGAUUUGGUUGCAAGUGGUGAGGGGUCGGCAAAUGAUGGGGAAAAGAUAAGUACAGAGGAAGAAUGUUAUGUUUCUGAUGCUUUUGCGGGACGUGUUGACACUGAUAAUGUGGGGUGUGUCAGAGAGGAUGACAUAUAUGAAGACGGUGAGAUCCGAGAACCAUUGAUGCAGUCAAUUGCAGAAGACCCAAUGGCUGAGGGGAUGGAUUCAGGAAAAAAUAAUGAAGAAAAAGGUUACAGUAUGCCACUUCAUACUCAUGAGUCUCAUAAUAACUUUAUGAAAGCCUGUGAUGAGAAAUCUGAAAAAAUUCUUCAUAAUGUCGCUGUCUUCAGACCUGUAACGGGUAGGUCACUGCCUUCAAGAAGUGGAAGCGAGAGGUAUUCUUAUAUGGAGGAGCAGAAAUUCCAUCUACAAAGGAAUAGAGAUGAAAUCUAUGGUUAUGGUCCCAAAUUUGCUCGAGAUGGGUUUCAGGACCGUUCAUUUGGUAGGUCAAGGGGGAGCUUCAUGCAUGGAAGAGGUAUGGGCUGGGGAUGGGGCCGGGGCCGGUAUUCUGGGCGUGAUUUUGAAAGCUAUGGAGGUGUAGCUUAUUAUCCCUUUAGACAUAAACGUACAGCUCCUGCUUGGGAAUCUGCAAAUGAACGUAAUGACUAUGAUGGUGCUGCCUUUGGUACUAAUAGGAGGAGGAAGCCAUUAUAUGAUGAAUUGCCUUCAUUACGGCAUCCACCUGCACGUCGAAAGUCCCCCAGAGGAAGAGAAGAUGUUGCCAUGAUGGGCACUCAAAUGCUUCGUAGAGCUCCCAGGAAUAUCUGCCCAAGAAGCUGCACCGGUGAAUAUGGCUUUGCGUAUGUUGGUGUUCGGCAUAGUGAGAAGUUUAAUAGAUACUUUCCAGCUGAUAGUCACCAGCAGUCUAUGUACGAUGGACCUGAUAGUCAUUUCGCUCAGGGUGAUACAGAGUUUACUGCGAUGCAGAGAAGCGGUUUCCCUCGAAUGUGGUCGAAAUCUCCUGUUAGAUCCUGUACUUGGUCCCUUCCUCCCAGGAGACUGACAGAAGGAUUGAAUGGUCGUCAAGAUUUAUCUCAGCACAGGUCUCCAACUAUGUACAGGGAAGAUAAAAUUAGGUCUUCUUCACGAACUUCUUUUACUGAAGAAACAAUAGCCCCUCAAAGGCGUGACCCUCCAUCUUAUACUGCUUGCCGUCUGAAUGAUAUGAGGGAUGUGGAUGGUGUACAGGAGUACGGGAAUCCGAGGUUUCUUUCUAGCAGAAGAAGUCCACCUGAUCAGUAUGGCGAGAGGCAAGGAGGACCUAGGCAAAUGAGAAAUGUCAAAGAGCAAGAAGGUGGUAAUCUUAGACUGAGGCAUGAAGAAGAAUUUGAUGGCUUCAGAUUGAAAAAAAGAAGAUUUUGA